GUGUGUGUGUGUGUGUGUGCGCGAGCGCAGGCAGGCAGGCAGGCCGACAAUGAUUUCCUCCGUGAUUACGCAGCGCGCGCGUCCCUGUGGGCUCGGGCCCCCUCUGGAGCCGUCCUCAUGGCUUUGGGGGCCUCGCUUCCAUUUUCCAUUAUGAUGUACCGGACUACCGGAGCGGCGGCGCAGUCCGACACCUCGCAGCACGCGUUUUGACAGUGUCUUUUUUUGCGCGCCGUGCCAAGAAUCCACGCGUAAAGCUACAACUCCUUGCGUCAAUCAGAUCAUUAUUGUCGGGAAUCAACGCGUUUCGCAAAGGACAUGGACGCGCACGACGGAUUCUCCGCGACUUCCGUGCCCGCACUUUUCCCGACACUGAAAUAGGCUGCACAAAAUUGGAUUUUCGAACCAAAUAACCAAACAAGCGAGCAAGCAAACAAGCAAACAAACAAGGUCGCCAAGUGUAGAAACCCCCCCAAAGCGCGUUUGCGAGCCGAUUCUCUGCGAUGUUCUUGCGCUAAAAUUCUCCACCGAUCAGCCUCUUCUGCCCGAGCCGCUUCUCUGUAGGAUGUCGCGCCGCAAGCAAGCCAAGCCAAGAUCGCUCAGAGUAGAAGACAAUGUGACGGAGGAACAGCACACUCCUGGGCAGGCUGCCAUUCAAAGCGAUCGCGAGUGUGCCCCCGACACGGUGUGUGAGGAUGCCGAGGACGGGCGCUUGACGAGGAGGAGGUGCUCUCCUGGGGAAGGGGACGAGGGGGAGGAGGAGGACGAGGAGCACAGCUGCCGUUCCUGCCACCAGGUUUUCGACUCAGCGAGCGAUCUUAGCCAACACAAGAUUAAUCAAUGCCAGCUGACAGAUGGGGCUGAUUUAGAAGAUGACCCAUCCUGUUCCUGGCCUGCUUCUUCACCAUCUAGUAAAGACCAAACGUCUCCAGUCCACGAUUACGAUUUUGGUGAAGAUGAAGGGGGCCCUGGCUUGCCCUACCCAUGCCAGUUUUGUGACAAAUCAUUCAGUCGUCUGAGCUUCCUUAAGCGCCACGAGCAGAGCCAUAGUGACAAGCUCCCUUUUAGCUGUACCUUCUGCAGUCGCCUAUUCAAGCACAAGCGUAGCCGUGACCGGCAUAUCAAGCUCCACACUGGUGACAAGAAGUACCACUGCAGCGAGUGCAACUCUGCUUUCUCACGCAGUGACCACCUUAAGAUCCACAUGAAGACGCACGCCACAAACAAGCCUCAUAAAUGCCCUGUGUGUCGCAGAGGGUUCCUGUCCUCCAGCUCCCUCCUUGGACACAUGCAGGUGCAUGAACGAGGGAAGGAAGGUCAGAGUACAGCGAUCUCUGGAGCAGAUGAGUGGAAGUUAAAGGAAGCACGCAAGUGUAGCCGCUGUGAAGAGGGCUUUGACAUGCCCGAGGAGCUCCAGAAGCACAUUGCAGAGUGCCACCCUGAGUGUUCACCCCCAGAAGAAGGGAGUGUAGGGCCUGGUCUGCAGUGCAUCUACUGCCAUGAGCCAUUUAGUGAUGAGGGUACUUUACUUAGCCAUAUUGACCAGGCGCAUAGUCGAGACCAAAAGGGCCAUAUAUGCACUGUAUGCUCUGAGCACUUUCCCACUGUGGAGGAGUUGUAUGCACACAUGGACAUUCACCAACUCCCAGAGUCCAGCAACCACAGCAACAGUCCUUCUUUGUUGACUGUAGGAUACACAUCCGUUUCAAGCACCACUCCAGACUCAAACCUUUCUGUCGAUAGUUCAACCAUGGUAGACACUGCUCCUACUGUGCCCAAGACUCGUGGAAGAAGAAAGCGUGCUGCUCAGCACACAAAUGAUAUUUGUGGACGACCUGCUAAACAGCCUAAAGUAGCCUACAGUUGCAUUUACUGCAACAAACAAGUAUUCUCCAGUCUUGCUGUCCUUCAGAUUCACCUAAAGACAAUGCAUGUAGAUAAACCUGAGCAGGCCCAUACUUGCCAGUUCUGUUUAGAGAUCCUUCCAUCUCUGGUCAACCUAAACGAACAUCUGAAACAAGUCCACAAUGCUGAAGAUCCAUCCACCAUACUUGCUAGCUUGUCUGAUGCCUUGUUACAGUGUAACUUUUGUCCAGAGAUGCUUGGAGAUCUCAAUGCCUUGCAGGAACACAUCCGUUGCUCGCAUGGAUUUCCUAGCCCAGUAGCCAAGGAGAGCAAUGCCUUUUUUUGCCCCCAGUGCUUCAUGGGAUUUCUGACUGAGGCUACACUAGAAGAACAUGUUCGACAGACCCACUGUGAUUCAGGAAGCUUGCGAUUUGACUCUCCACUUGCAGUCACUCCUAAAGAUCCCAUUGUGGAGGUGUAUUCCUGCUCUUAUUGUACCAACUCUCCCAUCUUUAACAGUGUCUUGAAGCUGAACAAGCACAUCAAAGAAAACCACAAGAACAUCCCCCUGGCAUUGAAUUAUAUCAAUAAUGGAAGAAGAACCCAUAGAGCCCUUAGUCCUUCAUCUUCCAUAUCUGUAGAUCAAGCUACACUUCUUAAACAUGGCAGCACUUCAUCCCGCUCAGCAAGUGAAUUCAUCUGUAACCAGUGUGGUGCAAAGUACACAAGUCUUGAUCUUUUCCAGACACACCUGAAGACUCACCUUGAUGGUAUGCUACCGCAGCUCACCUGUCCACAAUGCAACAAAGACUUUCCCAGCCAGGAAGCACUGUUGAAGCAUGUGACUGUCCACUUUACUGUCACGUCCACAUACUACAUAUGUGAAAGUUGUGACAAGCAGUUCACCUCAGUAGAUGAUCUGCAGAAGCACCUUCUUGAUAUGCACACCUUUGUGUUUUUUCGCUGCACUCUUUGCCAAGAGGUAUUUGACUCUAAAGUCUCAACUCAGCUUCAUCUAGCAGUUAAACACAGCAAUGAAAAGAAAGUCUACCGCUGUACAUCUUGCAACUGGGAUUUCCGUCAUGAGACUGACCUUCAACUGCAUGUCAAGCACAGUCAUUUGGAGAACCAGGGCCGGGUUCACCGCUGCAUCUUUUGCGGUGAGUCAUUUGGCACAGAAGUUGAGCUGCAGUGCCACAUUACCACACAUAGCAAGAAAUAUAACUGCCGCUUCUGCAACAAGGCAUUCCAUGCUAUCAUCUUGCUGGAACGUCAUUUACGUGAGAAGCAUUGUGUGUUUGAGGGAAAGGCCCAAAACUGUGGCACAAAUGGCUCUACAAGUGCUGGUGGUGACUCAGUUGCUAAAGAUGAUACAGAACUGCAGGGCAUCCUCACCAACAGCCAUGGAGCACCUGGUACAGGAGAGUCUCACAACAGUCAUGAUGGAAGUGAAGAGGAUGUUGAGUCUUCAGAGGUCAUGUAUACAUGUGACAUCUGUGGGGCAUCUUAUACUAUGGAGUCUCUCCUGACCAAUCACCAGCUCCGGGAUCACAAUAUUCGACCGGGAGAGACUGCGAUGCACAAGAAGAAGGCAGAAAUAAUCAAGGGGAGCCACAAAUGCAAUGUUUGCUCUAGAACAUUCUUCUCUGAAGCAGGGCUCCGGGAACAUAUGCAAACUCACCUGGGACCUGUAAAGCAUUAUAUGUGUCCCAUUUGUGGAGAACGCUUCCCCUCUCUGCUUACUUUGACAGAGCAUAAGGUUACCCACAGUAAGAGCUUGGACACAGGCAGCUGUCGAAUUUGCAAGUUACCAUUACACAGUGAGGAAGACUUCCUGGAGCACUGUCAAAUGCAUCCAGAUUUGCGCAACUCUCUGACUGGUUUUCGCUGUGUGGUCUGCAUGCAGACCGUUACUUCAACCUUGGAGCUGAAGAUCCAUGGCACCUUCCACAUGCAGAAGACAGGAGCCAUGUCUGCCAAUCACCCUAGUGGACGAGCCACUAUUCCCCACCACCAGCAUCACCAGAGUCAGAAGCUUUUCAAGUGUGCUUCAUGUCUUAAAGAGUUCCGUUCCAAGCAGGACAUGGUAAAGCUUGAUAUUAAUGGACUACCAUAUGGUCUCUGUGCCACAUGUGUAAGUGUGAGCAAAAGCUCCAGUCCAACCAUAAAUGGUGGAAAGCAGCAGCAACCAGGGGGGCAAACACCAGCACCCUCUAAUGCUGGGUGGAACCACGGGGAAAGUCUGAGCCCCUGUGGUGUAAAAAGAAAGGGGACCACCUAUUCUACAUCAUCCUCUUCAUCAAUAUCAUCCACUGUUGCCAAGACCAGAUGCUCCAGCUGCAAUGUGAAGUUUGAAUCAGAGGUCGAGCUGCAGACACAUCUUCAAACAGUACACAGAGAGCAGUCAGGAGAGGGAAGUGGCAGUCAAGUGAGGACCCCUCAAGGAUCCCCAAUGCCAAGAGUGAGUCCUUCCCAAAAUGAAGAGAAGAAGACAUACCAGUGCAUUAAGUGUCAGAUGGUCUUCCAUAGUGAAUGGGACAUUCAGGUUCAUGUGGCAAAUCACAUGCUUGAAGAGGGGCUGAACCAUGAAUGUAAGCUGUGUAGUCAGACAUUUGACUCGCCCGCUAAGCUGCAGUGUCACCUGAUCGAGCACAGCUUCGAAGGCAUGGGAGGAACCUUCAAGUGUCCUGUCUGUUUCACAGUAUUCGUCCAGGCCAGUAAGCUCCAGCAGCAUAUUUUCUCAGCUCACGGUCAGGAAGAUAAGAUCUACGACUGCACGCAGUGUCCGCAGAAGUUCUUCUUUCAAACAGAGCUUCAGAAUCACACUCUGAGCCAGCACAGCAGCAGCUAACAAGGAAGAUCAACUCAACAGAAAGAGUCUCAUCAACUACAUCCAGACUCCGAUCUACCAGUCAUCGUGCUCUUUUGGUCGAUUUUGCACUGAAAUUUUUUAUUUCAAAAAUUUCAGUUAAACAAAAAAAUGAGAAGCGGGACAUAUCCUUGUGAAAUUCGAUGUUGCUACGUUGUUAAUCCGACAUGUUUGUAAAUACUGUUCUUUCUGUCUUGCUGUCCGUCAGCUCUUCGUUCUUGCGGUCGCCAUUGUACAUACUGUUUGUCAAGGGGGAAAAAAAGUAUUAAACUUUGUUUAAAAAACAUUAUAAAUGGACAAAUCGUCAGCCAGAGACAUUUGACGUCAGGUGGACGAUUUUUAACGGCUGAUACACAUCCGGUUGUCUGUGAUGCACCCUCUCGAGCCGUGGGAUGAAAUGCCUGAUCACCAGCAUGGCCUGAGCAAAACUUUUUACAAAAACUACACACCUCAGCUGAAAUAUGUGGAGUACAUUGUGUAUCACAAAUGUUCUGAAAGAAAAAAAAAAUGACAGAAGGGAUACUUGAUAUAUGCAAAAACAGUUUUGUGUUAAAAGAAAUAUUGAAAGACUCUUUGGGUUGGCAGGGAUUCACAGAUGGGACCCAUUCCUCAUUCUCCCUCCCUCUGGAUGAGAAACUGCUCUCCACACUUGUACAUUUCUGUUAUUAAUGUUUACCCCUGACCUGAAGGCUGGAUAUGACUGGAGUUGUCCUUUCUUUGUUUUUUUUUCCCCUUUUUGUCAGACAUCCAAUGGGGAAUAAAUGUAUCCUCUGUUUCGGGUCUGUUCUGGCUGCUAUCACUUGAUUAUAUGGUGAGGUUCUGGUCAGAAAAAAAAACGAGAAAAAAAAAAACAGUAUUUCUACCCUUUGUCCACGAGUAAGCCGAGCCGAGUCAUUUCUGUCGCUAUGCUAUUGUUCUAUUCAUGCUGUGAGACAUGGUAAUCUGUACAGUAUUCUCAUGGAUCUCUGGUAUAUGCCAGUUUGGAAUUAGUCGAACCUGAAAUGCACUUUUGUAUAACACUCCAUACUUUCAUGGAUGUUCAUGUUCGAAAGGCGUUGACAAGUGACUGACAUUUCAGCCACAAGACUUUGGGAAAUCAAACUUUUAACAAGGGUGACAACUUCUGGUGUUAACGGGGGGGAAAAAUGUUAUAUACAAAUAUUAACCGGGGUCUGAAUUUGCUAGACCUCUUUUUUGUGUUCUCAUGUGAUGAAAACAUUAAAAAAAAC